GUUUCCUUCAGACCACAGUUAAUAAAUCCCAUGUCUUUGAGGGUUCUCGUUAAAAAAAAAAGUCUCCCUCUCUUGUUUACUUCCCACCACGCCCUAACCCUUACAUUUUAUUUCACAGGCAGCGCGAUGGAGGUCGGCGUCAUGCGUCAAUAUAGCAGCGACUCAAAAAGCAGUAGCACUACAGCAUCGACCAUCGACAGCGACAGGAGCAGGCAUGGCGAUGGGAUCAAGACCAGGCAAAGUGCUGAUGGCAAAUGGCCGAAUACAAAAAAUGGUGGCGACAGUCGUCAACUAUCAAUCGAUCCCUGGCUCUCGGCUGAGGCGAUCGCUUCAGAAAAGGACACUCGCUCGUCUAGAGGAUUUAGGAGUAGUCGAGAGGUCCGCUCCCAUCGCCAAUACCCAUUGGCCGAGCUCUCGCGAAGGACCUCUUCUAUUAAAUCAAGAUUCGAACAUGAACCCAUGGUCCUGAUGUCGACCUCUGCAACCACGCCAGGCCUACUCCGCGACGAGACCCCAGGACCAAAAUUUACAUCACCGAGAAAGCAGGCAUUGGAUGUAAUCGAGGUCAACUGCUCUGACAGUGAAGAGACCACACAGGACGAUACCCGGGCACGCAUGCAGACCGCACCUAAGUAUAACAGCAACAGCACAGCCCACAGCAACAUGUUCAGAGGAAAGGCAGUUUCUCCUCUAAAAAUGAGUCCCAACCGAAGGCGUCUAAUACGGACCUCCGCACUAUAUCCCUCUAUCAAUGUCAUUUCGAGCGAUGACGAUGAGAGCGACGAGAUGCCUACUACGCUAGUCAGCCAUCGGAAAUUCGUGAAGGAAAUCGUGGAGAGCAGUGACGAUGAUCUUGACGAACUGUCGCGGGAUGCGAGUAGAAACGUACUGAAGACUGAUAUCAGCAGGCCGAGAAACCCUCGCCAUCCAAUUGCAGACGACACUAUACCUCGGUCUCCUGAACGCCCCGAGACGCUAACAGCAGCAACCUCAAGCACACCUCUGGGUUCAUCUGCUAAAAUGCCAUGGUCAAUCACGGAGGGUCCCGAUCGGGAUAUUGUCCUCUCAACGCCGACAUUGAAACAAAGAACACGGCAUUACGACAUGGUUCGUGACUCUGAGGACGAUCUCUCUGAGGCUGAAGAGUGUUUGGUCAUAUCUGAAACCAGGCGCCGAAAGAGCUCUUCCCGAGCGGAGCAUGUGGGGCUUCCUAAGGUUGAGUCAGUAAUGGCGGAUGAUCGGAGGAAAAGCUUGUCGCGGGCAAUCGUCUCUGACUCCGAGGCUGAAAUUGGGGUAUCUGAUGCGACUCAAGCCGAGAGGGAUGAAAUUUACACCGUUUCACAAUCUACUGUAGGAGGACGCGAUGGGAUGGGGGAAAGAGCAUUUUCAAUCGAGAGUCAGGACAUUUACGAGCUGUGCAAACAAAGUCGUUCAUCGCCCACGGAGAAUCUACACAACAAGCAGACUUACACAAGACUGACAAAACCUCGGCCACUGAUUCUGGACAUUCCUUCAGACGACGACAACAGUCAGGAUGUGGUAGAGAUAUUAAAGAGAGGCGAUACCGCAGGCUUGGAGGAGGAGCACAGGAAAUUGAGGGAGACUUUGAUGUUUACGGAUCAUCUUGACGACAAAGCUCCAUCAUCUAAGCCAGACUGGCCUCAAGGUAGAAAGUUGGAUACAGAAAAUGGACAAAGAAGCCCAUUUGUUGCGUUCCCGAUCUUCAACCGCACAACGAAGCGCGCAAACAUGGACGAGCAGGGACGAAUGGCCGAUAUGGACUCUUUGAAGGAAUAUUACCCAUCCUGGAAGAAACCCAGCGAGUCCGAUGGAAAGCGUCCACAUACUGAGAUUUUAUCUGCUAUGAUUGGACGGGAGGAUGAGCAGGACGACGAGCCAUUGGAGGAUCCACGUGCGCGACGUCGCUCAGGAAGAGCCACUCUAGCAUCGCCGCCCAAGAAGAUGAGGAUUUCGGAAGUUGCGCCGGAUAUCUCGGCAAUGGAGUCCGCAUUAAAGGCAGCUGCAGAUCAUUCCCGGCAGCAGGCGGAUAUCAAGAAGCCUGCUCCGCCCGCGAAGAUGGAGACGAUCGACUCGUUCUCCACCAUGUCUGAUUCUCAGCCCCUCAUCACCGGGGUGUAUUCUAGCAAGGGCCGCGGAGCCUUGCAGACAGAGGAAAUCGAGGACUUUUCGGACGACCAAAGGUCACAGAGGUCGCAGAAAGCUCGACAAUCAGGGGAGCGCAAGCUGCGACGGUAUAGCGGCCUACAACUUGGGGGUCGCGCUCAGCCGAGAAUUCUUUUUGAGGACUCGAAGAAGGAUAGAGUCGUGGAUCGAGGGAAAGAUAUCCAGCGGGAGCAGCGGGAGUCGCAACAGGCGCAGCAACAACCAAGGUACGACGAUCAAGGACAAGAUACCUGGCCAAAGCAGGACGAGCAAUUUAUCAGGGAUAUCUCGCCAAUCUUGUCACAGAAUGCCAUGGACAGAUGCCCUAUAUGUCGCAAAAUGGUUCCCGUGGAGGAUCUGAUUGCGCACGUGGAUGCAGAGCUACUUGCCAAUGAACAGAAAGAAAGAGAAGACAUGCAGAAGCGUGAUGAGGCCAUGGCUCUGGCGUUAGAUGAGAUUUACCAGACCCAGGAUGUCGUGCAUAUUAAGGACUCGUUUGCCGAGAGCGACACGCAUACCCAAGCGCCAGCUCUCUAUUCGGCUCAGAUACAGGGGCAGUCACUCGGAAACCAACCUGCACUGAUUUCAUCCAAGGCUCCGACUACAAUCAAAGGUGUACGGAAUAGUGUCUUGUCUUUGGAUUCCCCCAUUCGAAAGGUGAACAGUCUUUCGCUCGAUUCGCCCCCUCCCAUUACAAGAACGCGUGAGCAGGAUCGAUAUCGCGAUUCAGCUGGCUAUUCAGGCGUGUCAACAGUUUUCAGUGAAGAAAGCGCCAACUACAGCGCCGACCAAAGCCGUGUUCUCGAGGAUGAUGAGCCUCUUGACUUUGCCGACUUUGAAUGCCUGUCGAGUCAAAGUGCGUUUCACAUCCAGCCAGGACAGGCCAUCGACGACGCAGCAGCGGCAGAAUCCCUGGAUGGUUAUAUUUCGGUCAGGCCGAUCUCUAGGAAGAAAAAAACUGCGGCGACGAAGUUACCCAAAGAUAGCAAGAAAUUCGACAGUGGAAAUCAGGACACACCUUUGGUGAUUCAGGACGAGAAAUUGGAGGAUGAUUUAGAUGACUUUUUGGACAGACCCGAGCCGGCAUCGAUGUUGAACCGCUCCUUCAGGACACGGGGCAAAGCUGCGGGAAGCGCAACGAGAUGUAAACCCGCCACUAAGCAGCCGAGCAAGGGCGUAGUCGAGCUGGAUGACUCUGAGAACGAUAACAAUGCACCCGUAGGGACCAAGCAGACAACAGCAACCAGGAAAGGCGCAAAAUCGAAAUCGGCGAUCCUGGAUAACAUACUCCCUGAAUCAGCUCGUCAACGGCGUCAGCAUCUUCUCAAGAAGGCACGAGGUCAGCGUGGUCAGGGCGAUCAGAGCAAAAGGCAUCUGAUUAAUGAGGACGAUGAGAUUGAGAUUGGACGGCUCAUGCCUGUGGUGGAAAAGCUUUGGAACCAGGAAGACGACCUCUUGCAUUCUGAACAGCUGGAUCGGCGCCAGGUCAAGGGUGUGGGGCUCGGAGGAAUCGUUGGCGGCAUUGGCGCUGUCCCAGGGUCUUUGGCAGUGUCAAAAAUCACCGUAAAUAGGGCAUCCACAAUAGCCGCUGCCGACACGGAUCACAAGGUUAUAGCCCGCUCGGAGGAUUUGCUUGGCAAGAGCAUAGCGAGGACGGAUGAUUCUGGGAUACUAGAUGACUUUACAGCAGGGCCCUCUUCGUUCGAGAUAGAUGAUCCUAACUACGGCUUGCAGAGCCAAGAAUGGUGGGAUGCCGCAGAUCCAGGCAACAUAGAGCGUUCGCGGAGACAUGAAGGGGAAGAGACUGAUGGCCUCGGUGGUGCGGUUGAAGAGGAUAAUGGGUAUAUGUCUCCGCUUGACGACUUUGUGGAUCUAAGAAAGCGCCGCGACGACCCUGCACUGGCGAUGUACUUUGCGCAAUUCGGUAUGGGUGACAAUACAGAUGCUGAAAACACAGGACCAGCAGGUGCAUUGAGUGGUGAACGAGGUCGUAGAGGUAGUCGUGGUCGCGGACGUAGCCGUGGAGGCAGUACGUCUGGCACGGGCAAAGGAGUGAGCUAUGGGCCAGGAGUGGGCCCUAUACUGACAACCACAGGAACUGGCAGCAACGUAUCAGGGUUGGCAGCAGGACAAGCAGUCUUGACAGCCUAUGGGAUCCCCAAGAGAGCUGGAUCAACCGCCACUAUAGUUGGAGGGCAUGCGACCACUGCAAACGGAAGCAUGGCGAUCCGCAGCAAGCCAACACAGUCUUUUGUCCCCGGCCGGGGCAGAGGAAACAAGUCGAAUUACCAUCGUGGCCGAUGGCAUGCGCGGGGUCGAGGACGCGGAGGAAGCAGAGGGCGCGGUCGAGGACGUGACCUUUAGUUGUUCUUGCAUAAUUGUGCUUUAUUGCUUAUAUUCCAUUCUGGACACUUUGCACCCUUGCACAUCGCCAGGCAGGGGUCCCUCUUUGAUUUGUUUACUGUUC